AUGUCCCAUUAUGUGUUCCUGAACGAGCUUGCCGAGAAUUGGACGGAAAUUCAAGAUGGUGGAGCUCCCCAUGACGUUGCCCACCAACUUCGGUGUUACGGACGUGACAGUGCGAUGUCCGCCAGGUGGGCGAACAGCUCUCGGUCGGUCUUGACUGUGGACGAUCUCUCACGUGAAGAACCUGACGACACAACAUCCUUCGGUCUCUGUUGCACCAACGACUCGUACACUACCCAGCCGGUCCUUGGAUAUGUGGGCGCACCAUCUGGGCAGGCCGACCUCUUAGAAGCUGUCAACUACUUGGAGAGACCAUCCGUGCCCAUCUCGUCUUCUUCGGUUAGCGCGGCAGUGCGGGAGUCGCCGGCCUUCCAUUCAGACGGCUUUGCUUUGACGCCUGCUGCCACACUUUCCGAGAGCACUCGUGAUAUGCUACUUGAGCAUGCAUGCCGCCUGUACGAGCUCCCAUCCGGUUUUAUACCUUCGAGACUGGCACACAAACCUUUGUCUCUUCGUAUUCCACCCGCGACAUCCCCGGAACAAUCCUUCAGGGGCCAAGUCCUUCCGCUACUCCUCAUGCUCGACAAGACCUACGCUCACCAUCUUCCCACAUUAUUACUUCUCGGCUGUGUCUAUUAUGCUUUACAAGACUACUCAAAGGCGCUGCAAACCUUUGAAAACAUCAUCUCUGUUGAUCCCAACUACGUGGAAGCCGUCUCGAACAAAGGAAGCACCCUUUCAGCUUUGGGUCGCGAGACAGAGGCGCGUGAACAGUGGAUGCGCGCUCUGCAAAUCGACUCGACGUACUUUGACUCCAUUGAGAGCCUACUCGGGUCCAUCAUGCAGGAGGGUGUGGGUGGCAAUACUCUCGCAUACCGUCAAGCCCACGAGCUUUGCCAGGCGUUGCUAUCUCGCAUCAAGACCAUAGACGUCGCCCCUCACAGGAUACAUCAUCUCCAAAGACUCUACUUCAUGUCCGGCACGUCGCGCGCUCUCAUGGGCGACGUAAAUCAUCCCGAGAGCUUGCAAGACUACGUAUCGGCAAUCGAAGUCAGCCUGCACGGAGGCUCGCGUUCGUCCCCGCUCCUUACACUUCGCGAUCUCGUGAUCGGUACUUGCUUCGCCGCCAUGCUUAUAUGCGAUGAUCCCUCGCUAGCAAUACCCCACGCCAUUCUGCACGCCCUCAGCACGCCCGAACACGCAUAUUCAUCGGAUAUGGUGAAAAGGCCGGACUUCGAUAUCUUGCGAGCGGUCCAUGAAUCUGGUGAUCGGCUCAUACGUGUGAUAUCGCACGGCGGAGUUCUUCCCGUCAUCCUACUCAGACCGGAAGACACGGACCGUUUACUAGCGAUUCUCUUUCGCUCAAGUGGAGGGAGUCUUCCCGCUCUCGCACCUCUGGCCGCUGAGGGCACACCUCUUCCUCAAAAAGCUAUUGAGCGGACGAACUUCAUGACCAGCACUUGUCUUCUCUCCAUCGCAAGACGCAUGCAAGAAUUGCCUCCAAGGACCGCCUUCAUCCCCGCGGCGGAGGGUCUGACACUCCGAUCCAGUAUCUCUCUGGACCUGCUCUUAAACUUCCUCGCGGAAGCACUGUCUCCCUCGCCCUCUACAUGCAACAAUCUCGGGAUCCUCGUCCAGUCGUUGCCGAACACCCGACUUGACUUCAACGACGCAGGGGAACGCGAAAUCAUCACUGCGAGGGGUGUUGCUCGCGCUUGGUAUGACCGCGGAUUGAAUAUGAAUCCAAAGCACCCUUACCUCCUCACGAACUCCGGUUCGUUGUACAAAGAUGAGAGCAAACUUGGAUGGGCCAUGAAACUCUACAAGCAUGCUUUACAGGAGAAGCCUGAUUUUGCCAUCGCCUUGACCAACUAUGGGAAUGCAUUGAAAGAUCUAAAUCGUCCCUGGGAAGCUGCUCCAUACUUUAGUCGGGCCAUAUCAGUUGACCCGGAACUCCCUGAAGCCGUCUGCGGCUUAGCCAAUAGUCGCAAUGCCAUCGGCGACUGGGUGGGACGAGGAGCGAUCAACAGCGAGCUAGGUAUUGAUGACGCUGGGUAUAUGAUUGUGCCUGCGAUUGGUGUAAAUGGUCACGCAGGGUACCUACGGCGAGUCGCCGAGGUCACCGAAACGCAGCUAGAGGCGGGAUACCUCAAUAAUAUCGGCCUUGUCUCCUCUCUUGGGAACCUCGACUUCUGGGUCGACUGGGUAGAGAAAGCCCUAGAUGAGCGUCUGACCGGAAGUAGUCGUGCGCGAUGGAGAAAGCUGUUCAGACGGUUUUUUGCCGCGUUCAACAGGACGGAGAAACAUGUCAAUGAGGGCGGGUUUGUUGUGCGAUUCGCCGAAUGGUUGGCGCGACGUCUUCAGCAUCAUGCAUAUAGCAAGGCCUGGGGAGUUGUCUACGCAGAUUCGCCAAAAGCGCCGCUGCGACCGAGUGACUUGGUGCACUACCCUCGCUUUCCCAUCUCGGCCUUUUGGGAUUUCGGAGUACCGGCAGUUCUUCCGUUCCAUACCUUCUCAUAUCCCAUGGCCGCACGCAUGAUUCGACUCAUAGCGCAUCGGCAUGCAUUACGGAUAUCCGUCAACGCGUUGUCGCAACCUUGGCUACCCAGACACAUCUACCCUCCGCCAGCUCCUCCUUGUCGGAAGAUCAAUAUCGGUUACGUGUCCAGCGACCUAACUGAAGGUCACCCUCUCGUUCAACUCAUGCAGUCCGUCUUCGGGCUGCACAAUGCUAACGAUUUCAACAUUCAUAUGUACGCGACGAACGCCACCGACAACUCUCAGCGCCGCCGCCAAAUCGAGCGUGAAUGUGCACAGUUUAUCGAUUGUUCCAAUUGGUCAACGAAGAGCAUCGUGGAGAGGAUCGUCCAAGACAAUAUACACAUUCUCGUCAACCUCGGGGGAUACACGCGGGGGGCCCGCAAUGACGUAUUCGCGACCCGCCCCGCUCCGAUUCAGAUAGCGUUGAUGGGUUAUCCAGGGACCAUGGCUGCUGGCUGGAUUGAUUACAUCGUCUGCGACCCCCUUGCAUGCCCUCCAGAAAUGGCCGCGGCAGAGCGCUGGUCCAUUCGCCGCAACAACAAGGACGAGACUUCAAGGUUGCAAGACUCCUUCAAGGAACUGGAUCUCGAGACGGAUCUCGACGCUGUCGCGGAUCCUGAAUCACUGAGUGAUGACUGGAUGUUCAGCGAAAAGUUCAUCUACAUGCCUUUUACGUUUAUGGUCACCAAUCAUCGCCAAGCCAGUCGUGACGAUGUAGGGCUGUCCCUGGAAGAGAGACUUGCGGUUCCUUCACGCGUCUUGUGGGAGAACGAGGAGAAACGCCGAUUGAAGUGGAGACAACGCGUGUUCCCAGAUCUUGCCCCGGAGACCUUCAUCUUUGCCAACUUCAACCAGAUCUACAAGAUGUGUCCUACUAUCUUCGCGGCGUGGCUGCGCAUUCUACAACAGGUUCCCAAUUCCAUUUUAUGGCUUCUAAGAUUCCCUGCGCAAGGGGAGGAGCAUUUGCGGCGCUUGGCAGUACUCUGGGCGGGACCAGAGGUAGCCAUCCGUAUACGUUUCACUGAUGUAGGGUCGAAGUCCGAACACAUCACGCGCGCACGGGUUGUAGAUCUCUUCCUUGAUACUACGGAGUGCAACGCACAUACGACCGCAGCCGACGUCCUGUGGUCGGGCACGCCUAUCCUUACAUGGCCACAAUACAGCUACAAGAUGUGCUCUCGAGUCUGUGCAAGUAUGGCGCGCGCGACAGGAUUCGGAGAUGGCAUGAUAGCAACUAGUCUCUCCGACUACGAAUCCCGAGCCAUCGCGUUCGCUCGUGGACUGGUCUUUGUCGAGACUGAAACCGCGCCGGGAGUGGUCGAACGGCGCGCAACUGGCAAACUAAUUGACCUUCGACGGAACCUCUUUCUCAAUCGCGAUCAUAUGCCCCUUUUCGACACUGCUCGCUGGGUACGCGAUCUCGAGCAGGGUUACCGGGAAGUCUGGAGGCGAUGGGUUACAGGCACCGAAUUCGAAGGUAGCAAGGAGUGGGAGGCUAAUGCGGGCCAGGAGAAGAACUCGACGUGUAUAUGGGUUCAAGAUCCAGUCCCUGUGCGAUUCCGCACGCUAUCCGAUCAGUUUGUUGAAGUACUUUAA